GGAGAAUCAUUAAACAUCUAUCAGAGGAACUGCCAGUGAGAUGAACAGGAUGAAUGAAGAAUCUCUGCGUUAUCUCAGUAAAGAGGAGGCAGUAGCCAUGGAGACGGAGUUGCUAAGGGACUAUCGGUUUGGACGUCAACAGAUGACGGAGAUAUUGGGACAUGCGUGUGCGAUUGCCAUCACCAAGGCCUUUCCGCUGGACACUCUGGAGAAACGACAGCCGACCGUUCUGGUGGUCUGUGGACCGGAUCAAAACGGCUGCAUCGGACUGGCGUGUGCGCGACAUUUACGCAUGUUUGAAUACAUUCCUACUGUGUUCUACCCAAAACGCUCACAGGACAGUCUGCAUCAGGACUUCACACUGCAGUGUGAACGUAUGGACCUGCCAUUCCUCUCUUACCUGCCCACAGAGGUUCAGUUAAUCAAUGAAGCGUAUAAUCUGGUUGUGGAUGCGGUUUUGGGUCCUGAGACUGAACUAGCGGCGGUCGGCGAGCUGUUUACUGGCAUUCUACAAACUCUACGAGGACUCAAAGUCCCUGUCGUCAGUCUCGACAUCCCCUCAGGAUGGGAUGCCGAUGAAUCGAGUUCAGAUGGAAUCAGUCCAACAGUUCUCAUCUCUCUGAUCACUCCAAAGAGAUGCGCUCUGAGUUUCCACGGCUCACACUUCCUGGCCGGACGCUUCCUGCCGUACGACAUUCAGAAGAAAUACAAGCUGAACUUGCCAAAGUUUGUUGGGACUGAUUGUAUUGUUGAACUGUGAUCGCCUCCUGUUUCAACAGCUUUAAUGUUUUUAGACAUCAUAGAUUGAACUAAGCUACACUCGAUAUAUAAUCAGGGUUGGGAGGGUUACUUUUGAAAUGUAUUCCACUACAGAUUACAGAUUACAUGUUGUAAAAUGUAAUUUGUAAUGUAUUCCAUUAGAUUACUCAAGGUCAGUAAUGUAAUCUAAAUACUUUGGAUUACUUCUUCAGCACUGGGAGAUUUUUUCACUUGUUUUGACUAUAAAAACUCUGCCAGUACAGUAAGACAAAAUACACAUGUUAAAAAUACAUUCUCUGAAAAACCCAAAUAUCUCAUGCAGUGUUGUUUCUAAAACAAGAUUAAUCAAACUGAUCUUGUUUUAAGGAUUUAAAAAAAAUAUUUUACAGAAAAACAAUACACAAAUUCUCAUUAAGAUUAAGAUUUUUGCCCUAAUAUCAAAGGCCUAAAAAAUUAUGAGCUAACGUGGAUUUUCUUGAUGAAAAAAUAUGAUCGUGCCUGGUAACAAUGUAAACAUUUAGCUUUAUACUAAUGCUAUAUCUAGCCAUUUUAGCUUAGCAUAAAGCUAAAUGUUCACAUGACAAUUUACACAAGGUUUAUUACUAUUUGUGCUGUUCAAAACAUACUACAAACGUAUUUCUCUGUCUGCUUGUAUGAAUGUAACACAUCAUAAGAAAGUGUUUGACUGCUGUUUAACCCUAUAACGCCAUGUGUAUCAAACAUGACACACAUCGUUUGACGGCUCUUAUUUCACUCUGUGUUCAAGCUGACGAGACGAACAAACUAUGGUAUGUAAGUUUCACAUGUUUAUGAAACCAUCUAGUGGUUAUUUGUAAAAAAAAAAAAAGUGGUUUCAAUGUUUAUAUUGAUCUAUUUAAAAUGGCUUGUGUGAAAAGUGACUCUUAUGUUGGGAUAAAUGAUAGCUUAUUUUAAUAAAGUAAAAGUGACAGUAAUGAUUAUAUUGUUACUGAUAUUUUAAAAUGAGUAUUUGUUGAAUAUAAGCAACUUGUGCUUGGUUCAAAUGUUGUAUAUUAUUUUAUUGAAAAAGCCCCCUUUGAAAUCCAGGUAUUAAAUAUGAUACAAGACUUUUGAGGAAUAUCUCUCAAUCAUCAUUACAUUACAUUCAUGCACACCACAAAACAAAUCACAGAGCUUUGAAAAUUCUGACAUAUACAUUUUAUUUAAAGUGUGAACUAAUAUUUCUGUGUAUUUUCAUAUAUGCAGCCUGCUCUGUCAUUAUAAAGAUCUCAUUAUUUUACAUUAUACACUAUUAUGAUGUCAUCUUCCUGAGACCCAGCGAUAAAGUUUUACAGUUUCCCUUUUUUAAAUGUCAAUAUAGUGUUUGUUGCAUAAAAUACAUAUGAUAAAAAAUUAUUUAAAAAAAGAAUAUUUGAUGACUGUGAUACAUUUCAGUCCAUAUUUACAGAGCAUGGAGAGGAAGUUGUCAUGGCCAAACUCUCAAACAUUUGGGAUCUCUGAAAAGCCCAGAGAGUCCUCUAAUAAUACCCCAAGAUUUACCACUGUAGAAAAACUUACACAACAAAUGUCCUGCACAGAAAUGACCUUUAAAGCCUAAUGGAUCAAAUAUGAUACAUUAAACUGUCUAAUGGUACGAAAUUUUUAGUUUUUUUUUUUUUUUAAAAGUAAAAAAAUUUGAAUUUUCUGACAAUUCUUUCAUGUGUCAGGCUUUACGAGGAUAAAAGCUCCUCAGAUCGCAUCAUUUAUAUGUAUAAAUGUUUUCCAUCUGAAAGGACUAAAUAUUAAAUUAAACAAAUGACAAUAAAAUGCAAAGUAAUCUCUUCAGUAAUCUAAAUACUUUUUGAAUGUAACUAUAUUCUAAUUACCAAUGAUAUUAGAAU